AUGCUGCCGUCACAGUCCAAGGAGCCGCUACUCUUGGAUCCUCUGCCUUCGCCACCCUUUGAGGAAGCCUCAGCGGAUCUUUUCAUGUACGGUGGUAAGGACUAUUUGAUGUAUGCUGACCAUUUUUCUGGAUGGCCGUGCAUUGCAGAGUAUGGUCGCGAGGCAACGUCGCGAGCUACACUGAAGCUUCUACGCAGUAUCUUUAAAGACUUGGGCGUGCCGGUCCGGCUUGGAACUGACGGCGGGCCCCAAUUUUCCAGCUCUGCAUUCAGGUCCUUCGUAAAGAGAUGUGAUAUCAAUCAUGUCUUAUCUUCCACCAGAUAUUCCCAAUCUAACGGACAUGCAGAAGCUUUUGUUAAGAAAGCGAAGCAGCUCAUCGCAAAGCGAUUUGUGACGACGACAAAGCUUUUGACCGUUACUUGA